AUGGAUUUACCUUUACAUGGCCGUGGCUUCACGUGGUAUAAAGGGGAUGGUAAUUCCAUGAGUCGUAUUGACAGAUUUUUGCUUUCUGAGGAGUGGUGUGCAAAAUGGCCUAAUUGUUUACAAGUUGCUUCGUUACGUGGUUUAUCUGAUCAUUGCCCUUUGGUUUUGUCGGUUGAUGAUCACAAUUGGGGUCCAAAACCGGUGAGGAUGUUGAAAUGUUGGGCUGAUAUCCCGGGGUACAAACAGUUUGUUCGAUCAAAAUUACAGUCUUAUCAGGUGGAGGGGUGGGGCGGCUUUAUUUUAAAGGAAAAAUUGAAACGGAUCAAAUCUGAUCUCAAAGAAUGGCAUCUUUCUCAUUCUCAUAAUAUUCCCGGCAAGAUUUCUUCCUUAAAGAAUCAGAUUAAUGUGUUGGAUUCUAAGGGCGAUGUGGAUAUAUUAUCUGAUGAAGACGUGAAUACUUUACACGAAUUGUCUUUGGAGCUUCACUCCUUAUCACAGGUUAAUGCAAGUAUUUCUUGGCAACAGUCGCGUUUACUUUGGCUUCGGGAAGGGGAUGCAAAUCCCAAAUAUUAUCAUGCUAUUAUGUCAGGUAGACGUCAUCGUAACGCUAUUUCUUCCGUUGUAGUGAACGACAAUUUAAUAGAGGGUGUUGAUAAUGCUCGGGAAGCAGUGUUCGGUCACUUUCAAUCUCACUUUCAAGCGCCUCCGAUCAAUAGACCUAAGGUGGACGACUUACCUUUUCGUCGACUCUCCAUCGCUGAUAGUAUUUUUUUGACAUGCCCGUUUCGUGAAGAGGAAGUAAAGGCGGCAGUGUGGGGCAAAACGUCUAAACGAUUUUCGACCCAUUGCUUUAAUUGGUUGUUUGUAUAA